AUGCCAUCCCCCAAGAACACCGGUAGCGAAGUUGCGAACAAGAAGAUGAAUGGGCUGAAGGAAUAUAAGAGGACCCAGAAAGAGAAGAAAUUUGCGCAGCGCGCCACCGCCGCCGCCGAGCGGAUCAAGGCGAAGAAGAUGUCCUCUACUUCCACUAAGGUGGUUAGACUGAGUGACGCUGAGUUCACCAAGGCUACUUUGACUCCGGAAGACACACGAGACAUCGUCGCGCUGCGCAAGGCCUUGGAGCUUGCGUUGUAUGAGAAGAUAGAAACACCGCGCCAGAUGCUUAUCAGGUGCGACUUCGAGGCUUGUAUGGAUACCGAGUUCCAUGGCAACGACGCUGAGUUGGACUACAUGGUGCCAAAUGAUGUGUAUCUUGAUGACAACGGAUUUGAGACAACCAUCCGCAAAAGCGACUGCAAUACACACGACCGAUUAUUUGCACAUGAGGCAGAGCUGUCGCCUUUGGAACGGAUGGAGAUUGAGAAGAAAGUCGCCCUCUCACAUCCUGCCUCUCAAGCACACCUGUGCGAUUCUCGUUUCUUCGAACACAUACUUUCUGCCGCAUCUGCCCAGGAGAAGGCCGUUGCUGCCAAAGUGCAGGAUGCAGCCAAGUUUCCGACUGGUUCUCACCCACCCGAGUCUAUGUCUACACAGGUGCCGCAUUUGAUGGAUCCCGCCAUCAUCAGCCAUAAGAUCAAGCAACAGACACCUGCAAAGCUGGGAAUGCUUAUCACCAGUAACACCCAAACGACGAACAAGCACGCGAAGGGCACUGGUCUAAAUGACAGCCCCUCAAGCCUCACCGCAAGACUCGUUUCGACGCCAGACUCUUCACCCACCAGCACUCAUCGCUCCAGCGUGUCUUCAUCGGUUGGAUUUAAUGCUCGUGCAUAUACGCCUCCAACUCCUCAACUAACUUGUGCAACUUUAGGUUACUGGGGCCAUUGCUCUUACCCUAAGCCUAGGGAUACUGUUGACUGGAGCCUUCUGGGUUUGAAUUCGAGCAUGUGA